UUUACAUUUCUGAUGACACCAUUUGUGAAAUAUUUUCUCAUCAGAUUAUGAUAUAAGCGAGAGGUGAGUAGCAUUCCCCUUAUUUUUACAUCAUGUCAGCCUGAGGACAUAAGACCUCAGUGUGCUCUGGCUGAGAGGCUUGCUUUGCUCAAGCUGAAAUGGAACACGGUGGGCACUGGAAGAUGGGAAAACCUUGGGAUUCCUGCACCAAAUAACACCCUCCUCAGCACAGCCCAAGGCAGCUGCCUUCAAAACAGCAUUGGAAGAUAAAGCAGAGAAAAAACCUCCUUCCUGCCAGCCCACAGGUUGUGCAAAGCCUACAGCCGUGCCUCACUGUGGGAAGCACUGGGAAACUUUCCAGGUGCUUGAAAGCAUCUGGAUUUACCCAGCUUGGAGGCUGAGCAUGUACAGCUGUAUAAACUAUAGAGAAAUAUCCAAUUAAUCCCAUCUCCUCCUCCUCACAGUGAGAUUUAACGCAUAUAAUCAUAAGGUGAAACAGUGCUGUGCUGUCUAGGUGAGUGGUUGCAGGGACCUGUAAAGAAAUGCUGGCACCCAAUUACCUGCCCCUCCCUUGACUACACCCUCACAAACCAUGCACGUGUGUCUUCAGCAUGGGCUCAGGCAGGCAGAGAAGCAGUGUCUGCAAUACUCCGCAGUUCACCAUGUCUGGGGCAGGCAUGGCUCUCCAUUCGGAAAGUUCUGAGCUGCACAGCUGGGUGUGAAUAUGGGAAAAGGCAACAGGCAUGAGCAAAAUGCCACUAAAACUCAUCUGCUUCGUCCUCUGCACUCUGAUUGCACCUGAUCUCACAGGACUUCUAGGUGAAGAUGCUCCGCUGCCAGCACCUCAGAAUAUCUCUAUUCUUUCUACCAACAUGAAACAUUUCUUAAUGUGGAGUCCUGUGACCGUCCAGGGAGAAACUGUGAGAUACUCCGUUGAGUUUCAGGGGGAGUAUGAACGAGAGUACGCUAACGAGAGCUGGAUCCCCAUCUGUGAGUGUUCCCUCAUCACAGUCACUGUAUGUAAUAUCACAGAGGAUAUCUCAGCCACCGUGGCCUAUAACCUGCGCGUAAGGGCAGACAGUGGUGCUCGAAGAUCAGAGUGGGGCACCUUGAAAGGUUUCUUCAUUCGAAAUACAACUUUUCUGACCCCACCUCUGAUGAAGGCCAUAGCAGAUGGGUAUCAUUUACUAGUGGAGCUAGAAGACAUGGGACCUGCCUUUCAGUUCUUUGUUCUCUACUGGGAGAAGGGCCAGGAGAGCAAGAUGCAACAGAAGAUGGUGAAGGAGAUCAGCUCCACAGUUCAUCUGGCUACCAUGGAGGCAGCAGCUGAAUACUGCGUAAAAGCCCAGACGUACGUUGAGACAAUCAACAGAAGCAGUAGCUUCAGCCAACCACAGUGUGUGAGGGCACAAGGCAGCAGAUCCAUGUGGCCCAUCAGUGUCCUUAUGUCCUUCGCUGGCUUUGCUGUGGCUACCUUGACUCUGCCUUUCCUUGUCUGGAAAACAAGAAAAACCUUCCAGGAUUCCUGCUGCCCCACUGCUGUCCUGCCAGACACACUGAAAGUACCAGAGUCCCCCACCCAGCUGAUAUGGUGCGAGAGGGAAGAAGCUGAGCAAUGUGAUCUGAUGGUGCGCGUGAUCCCCUCAGAAGAGGUUCUCUGCCUGUGGAUUCAAGAAACACUUUAGAGCAUCCUAUUAAGAAAACAAAACUUCUACAGACCAGACAGAAUGUGCUUCAGUGUCUUCAGAGUGCCAACAAGAACUCUGUUCUUUGUGCCAAAUCUGCUGCAAGGAAGUGUUCUGUAGGAACACAUGGCCAGCUCUCAUCCUCUUCUUAACUUCAUCCAUUCACAGAAAAGCUGGAAAGGACCACAGGUGACAACUGCCAGUUUCUAUACUUCUUCAUAUCCAUACCUAUGAGCAGACAUGGGUUAACUUGUAUUUCCUUCAUGGUCACAUUGAUGGUCCCAAAGCAAAGCCUACACUUGAGCCACCAGCAUUUCACCAGAACAAUGUAUGUAGAGCUCAAACCCCGAGCCCCAACCCACUUCACUGUCAGUAAUUUUGCCUCAGGUGUUUUUUGCUUUUUUGUUUAAAAAAAAAAAAACCUGCCAGUAAAAGUUCCUUGCAUGGCUAAAACAGCUGAAAUGAACAGAGAUAAAAUGCUGUCAGGGCAGGCCCCAGAUAGGAAAUAAGAAUGUGUUCCAUGUGACAGAUACCAACAAAUGAUACCAUAGAGGAGAAAGAUUGUUAAGGAUGAGUUGUUUAAGUGGGAGGUGACUGGAGCUGAAAAAGCAAGGGAAAAGUAGACUCAAGAAAGGGGGGAAAGAAACUGAAGAAUAGAAAGAUAUGCAGAUCAUGCAGUCAGGGCCAUCUGGGGUGCAUGCUGGGCAGCUCCAUGGUUCAGCAUCACAGCUGAAGCAGGCUGCUGACUGCAUCAUGCACAGCAAACCUGAUUCUGUGGCCAGGACGGCUGGAAGAAAUGAACAGGAAUGUUUAUAUAGAGGGGAAAUAUCAGGAAGAAUGCAUCAAGCACCCCAGCACGACCACAUCACAGCCUGUUUCAGACCUGAUGGCACUAUUUUGUUCCAGAUAGCUUAUUAUCAUUUCUGCCUUCAGGAAGGAAAUCUAAAAAGAGAAAGUCCUGCUAAACAGAAAUAAGAUAUAGUUCUUUUGCAUAUACUGCAGUGAUGGCGGUUGCUGCAAGGAUAAGUCAUUUAACACCUGCUCAGCGGAGACUUAUGCUGGGAGGGCACGGGAAGGCUUUGAUCUGAGGAGCUGCUUUUAAAACUACCAGCGGAACUAAUGAAACACAGCAGAGCUGUGCCUAGACUUCCAUUCUUGCAAAGUCAGCCGAAGCCACCAGGUGGCAGCAAAGCACCGCGAGGGUAGCAGAACUGACGGAGCGGAGCUCUGCGCUCUUCUGCCGAGGCAGCCCCUUCCGAACCCCCCGCAGCUCGGCUGGCAUCUCGCUCCGAGCAGCACAGGCGCUCGCUUUGUUCCUAUCUUACCUGCUUCUGUCUGGACAACGCAAGAAUCUAGUCACUAGGAAUUAAGUAACCAUUAGGAUGGCUCUGAUGGGUUUGUAACAGAAUAUAGGGUAAGAAAACCUGUGCGAGCCUGAGCACUGGCACAGCGUGGAUGCUCGGGUUAUCACCAAUGAAUUGGAAAAUGGUGAGUUACAAGCAUACAUAUAAUAGCAGCUCCAGACAACUGUUGCAGCAAGUCCCUGCUGCUCGAGCUGAGCUGGGGGCUGCAGCAGGGGACAAGCAGCAGCUGGGUGAUGUGGGGAGCUAUGGGCAAGGAGGGAAGUCAGCGCAUAGAUGGUGUGGGCUCUUUGUCAAAUGCCUCCUUGAAUAGCAUUGCCCAGAUCUGUCUUACAGUCAGUGACCUUGGUGGUGAAGCUGGUUUAGUGAGCUCCCAUGCUUCACAUCUGUCCUGAUUUUAUUUCCAUGGGUUUGGAUGAGUUCUGAGUUUUAAUUUCUAGUGCACCCUACAAGGGUGUUCCCAUAAAGGAAAUUGUCCUGUUGCUUGUCCAGCCCAUGGCUAUUAUCUGAAAAGCCUAACAUCCUCUCUCUCUUCUCCUUCCAACACUGUUGCAUUACAGCACUAUCAGCCAGUGUUUAGGGAAACAGAAAAAAGCAGGAGAAGGCUUUGUUAAUUUGAACAGGAAUGGCUUCGGAAAAUUAUUUAAAUGCAUAUUUUCCAGCAGUGUAUUAAGCAUAGUGAAUAUGUUUCUUUCUCAUUGCAAUAACAGAUUUUAUGACCUUCCUCACUGCCAAUAAAGUGGCUUAACAAUUGCACAAUAAUGCCCAAGCAAUUUUAAAAGACACAUCUGGGAAGAAAAAAAAAAAUCUGACAGCAGAGAGACAGGAGGGAAUUGUUUACGUGUUGCUGCCAUCUUAGCAAGACUGUGCUCCAUUUACAUCAGGAUAUUCCUGUUUGUGUCUGUGGAGACGUGAAACCAAAUCUGAGAUGCUGACUGAAAGAGCCUGGAAAGUUUCCAGCUUCAAAGUACACACUGCAUUUUGCUGCGCCUGAAAAUUAGGGGAUAGAACAAUAGCAAUUGUUUUGCCAUCUCUGCAUGUAGAAACAGUGGCACCACAUUAGGGAGCUGCCGUCAGUCACUCCUUCCAUUCAUUUCCAUGCACUGAAAGAGUUAACAGUGCCUUAGCAGUCAUGGCAACGGCUGCCUUUGAUAACUGAUUUUGCUCCCACGACCAUAAUGCCACAUUUCAAAGACAGGAUCAGACAAGUAAUCGCAGCAAAAAGCCAUGAUGAACUUUGUUCAUUUCCAUUAGGGUGGUGGUAAGUGACUCCAUUUCUUUCUAAAUACAAAUUGCUUUGUUACUUUCCUCAUAAAGCGUCACAUGGAAAUAAAGUACAAACUUGCAUCACCUUGUCACUGCAUUUGAUUCUUAAGCUGCAUAUAACCUGUGGGAUGCAAUUCUUCAGUACAACCUUUUCCUGCAGACUUCCCAAGAGCAAAACAGAAGAAAUGUCAGUAAGACCUUUUUCCUCAAAGAAAAACCA